AAAAGAAAAGAAAAGGGGCCCAGACUGCCUCUGCUCUUUCUUUUAUCAUGCAAAUCCUGAGCCCACCCAGAAGAGCUGCUCUGAAUUUCCCUCACACAAAGGGAGCCCUUUCCCCCCCCUGCACUGAUACCAAACGGGUUCAAAAUGCAGUGCCAGGAUGGCCACAACCUCACCGUGAGCACAGCCAUGGCCACCACCCAUCCCAGAGGGUCCUGGGGAGACCCGCUGCAAAAGCAGCGUGGGGGUCCCUGCCUGCUGUGGAGGUGACCACAGACUCCGCAGCAGCUCGGGCGAGGAGGGGACACGGGCCGUGGGGACAGCAGGACGAGCCCCAGCUCAGGCUGGGCAGGCAGAGGGCUGUGGCAGGAGGGGUCCAGGGGGAUGCCAGAGCAUCUGCAGCGAGGAGGGGGAUGCUGCUGCCCAGACAUGAGCCCCUCCUUGGAGAGGCGGCGCCUGCGCAGGGUGACAUCAGCCCCUGAGGACCUGAGAUGCUGAGCCUGGCUCUGGGAAGGCGGCUUUUGCCACAGCUUCCAGCUCUGCAUCCCAGCAGAGUAGGGAGGGGAGAGGGAUCCAGCAGCCCAGCCCUGCGGCUGGACCCUGGGCCAGCUCCAUCCCCUCUCCUGCACCUCCCCUCCGGCCACCUUGGGUCUCGCCAAGGAGCGUGGUGGCCUUGGCUGGGUGUUCCCGGCGAGCGGGUGACCAAGGAUGCUGCGCUAGGAGAUGCCGAUGGUGCUCACCCUGCUCGUCUCCCUCUAUAAACUGUGUCGGUUCUUUGCCAUGUCGACUGCGGAGAGGCUGGCGGUGCCCGAGUGCGUGAGCCAGGCGGGCAGCUGGGCAGGCGGGGGCAGCUCCAGGGAGCACCGGGAGGUUUCCCCCGGGGUGAAUACGGAUGUGCGGGCAGCCCUGGACCGCAUUCUGCCCGCCCUGCACCGGGCCAUCGCCUGCGCCAAGCAGGCGGCCGGCCCUGCGGAGCUGAGGAGGGCCAUCGCCGAGGUCUUCCAGCUGGUGGAAGAAGCCUGGGGGAUGCCCACGCUGGGGAGGGACGUGGCCAAAGUGCUGUGCGACGUGAUCCGCCUGGAGGGGGGCCUGGACCUGCUGCUGAACCUGCUGUACACGGCAGAGCUGGAGACCAAGUGCCAGGCAGGAAAACUCCUGGAGCAGAUCCUGGUGGCAGAAAACAGGGAUCGGAUCGCUCGGAUCGGUCUGGGAGUGAUUCUGAACUUAGCCAAGGAGCGAGAUGUUCCCCAGCUGGCGCAGAGCGUCUCCGGUAUCCUGGAGCACAUGUUCAAACACACCGAGGAGACCUGUUUCCAGCUCAUCUCUGAUGGAGGCCUGGAUGCCAUCCUCUACUGGUGCCGCUGGACGGACCCCAUCGUGCUGCGGCACUGCGCCAUGGCCUUGGCCAACUGUGCCAUGUACGGAGGGCAGGCCAACCAGCGCCUGAUGAUCGAGAAGAGGACAGCGGAAUGGCUUUUCCCACUGGUAUUCUCAAGGGACGAUGACCUAAUCCGCCUGCACGCGUGCCUGGCCAUCACAGUGCUGGCCACCAACAAAGAAAUCGAGAAGGAGGUGGAGCGCUCGGGGACGCUGGCCCUGGUGGAGCCGUUCAUCGCCUCGCUGGAUCCGGAGCAGUUCGCCUGUGAGAUGUUGGGCAGCAGUGACAACAGCCAGGGGAGGACGGCGGACGACCUGCAGCGGCUGGUACCCUUGUUGGACAGCUCGCGGCUGGAAGCACAGUGCAUCGCUGCCUUCUACCUCUGCACGGAGGCUGCCAUCAAAACCAGGCAGAAGAAAACAAAGAUUUUCAGUGAGAUUGGGGCUACCCAGAGCCUGAAGAGGGUAGUGUGCUACUCCACCAGCAGUACCACCUCCUCCCUGGCCAAAAAGGUGCUGCGCAUGAUAGGGGAGGAGGUUCCUCGGCGCAUCUUGCCCACGGUUCCCAACUGGAAGCCCUGUGAGGUGCAGACGUGGCUGCAGCAGAUCGGAUUCAACAAAUACUGCCAGAGCUUCCUGGACCGCCAGGUGGAUGGGGACAUUCUCCUGAGGCUGACGGAGGAGGAGCUGCAGGAGGAUUUGGGGAUGGACUCCAGCAUCACUCGGAAGAGGUUUUUCCGGGAGUUGAUAGAGCUGAAGACCUUCGCAAAUUAUUCCACCUGCGACCGCAGCAACCUGGCCGACUGGCUGGGCGGCAUCGACCCCAAGUUUCGUCAGUACACGUACAAUCUGCUGACGUGUGGCAUCAACCGCAACUUCUUGCACCGGGUGACGGAGCAGCAGCUGCAGGAGGACUGCCACAUCAACAUGGGUUUCCACCGCGUCCGCAUCCUCACUGCUGCACGGGAAAUGCUUCACUCCCCUAUAACGCUGCAAACUGCGUCUGAUGGGACCGAUGUAUUUAUCAGCUACCGGAGGAGCACUGGGUCGCAGCUAGCCAGCCUGCUGAAGGUCCACCUGCAGCUGCACGGCUUCAGCGUCUUCAUCGAUGUGGAGAAGCUGGAGGCAGGGAAGUUUGAGGACAAGCUGGUCCAGAGCGUCAUGAGCGCCCGCAAUUUUGUGCUGGUCCUUUCGCCAAACGCGCUGGAUAAAUGCAUGGGAGACCCAGAGUGCAAGGACUGGGUGCACAAGGAGAUUGUGACAGCCCUGAACUCUGGAAAAAAUAUUGUACCUGUUACAGACCAUUUUGAGUGGCCGGACCCCGAAACACUUCCCAAGGACAUGAGGGCUGUCCUGAAAUUUAAUGGUAUCAAGUGGUCCCACGAGUACCAGGAGGCCACAAUCGACAAAAUCAUCCGCUUUCUCCAGGGCCGUUCCUCCCGGGACUCCUCAGCUGGGUCGGAGAACGGCCUGGACUGCUUGCCCUCCCUGGGGCAGACCUAGAACUCAAGCACUCGAGCUGCCUCAUCCCCUCCAGAGACUUCCCAGGUGACCCCUUUUUGUGUGGGGCCAAAUUCCUCCCUCUAGAUUUUUCCCCAUCUUAGUACCCUGGCUUGAGACAAGGCCUGUGUCUCGUUAGCCCCCCCUUCACCCUCCAAAUGCAACCCCCUGGAGCUAAGACGCCAGGACUCACUUAUACGGCGCCUGGUGAGCCAAGCCAGGGUGGACUCUGGGAUGGACCAGUUGUCUUCCACAUCCUCCCUUGGGGUGGCAGGACAUGCAGGCUACACCUCCUGCAAUGCAGGGGGUCCGAGGAAGACCGACACUGUCCAGACCCCUGCAAAUGGCUGCAGCUUCCCCCAGAAACACGUCUGAAGAGGAGGGAUCUUCCGAGGACCGAAAACUGGGGAAUCGGUGAGGGGUACGUCACAAGAGGACACACGAGACGGAAGACCAGUUGAGAGGGAAAGGUCCAUAAGCAUCGUACGGCCUCUGCUGUGUGCUGCGGGAAUAUCGUUGCGGUCAGAAGCCGAGAGCAGGAAAGGGCAAAUAAAAGCUAAGCGCUAACAAAAUCCCUCGUGUUUGGGAAAGAUAACACACAGACGCCUUCUAAACUGCUCAGCAGAAGCUUUCUCUUUCCCAGUAAUGUCCCUUUAUCACAUGAGCUCACUUCCUCCUUGAGGGCCUUUCACCUCCUAAUGCUGCAAAACCACUCUGUGCUCUUAAAUCUGGUGAUGGAAGUUUGAAUUUAGAUCACGUGAGGUUUCCGCAGGGUCUUUGCAAAAAGUGCUUUUAAAACAACCCCCUUCCCUCCAUCUGAUGUCUUAGCUUUACCACUUUAUCAGGGCUAUACCUAUAGGGCAUAGGAUGCUGGAUUGUGACUCUGGAAAACAUAUAUCCAUGCAGAUGUGGAAGAUGCUAAUUGCUGUACUGUACUUGGGGAGUUAUUAUACACUGGCUGCAUUUUAUCCUGUUGUUGGUGCUCCACAGAUCUCCCAUGGUCUGUUCCUUCAAACAGGAGCUGGCGUUAUCUCUUUGCUGACUACCACUCACCCCUGACAGCCCUGGCUAAGCACCUCAGGCUCAGGGUUAUCCCUACUCUCUGCUGGAUGCAAUACCAAGUAGCAUUUGUUUCUUUCUACCGACCUCUUCUCAACAGCCACCAGGUCUUUUUGCAGCUACUCACCUUGAAAUAUCAGGAAAGAGCAAAGUCGAUGCAAAGGGCAGGUGGAAGCUGCGAGGCGUGAGCAGCGGCUGGGAGCAGGACUGGCAGCACCUGCUGCUAACACUGCAAGUGAGGAACCACAGGCACCCUGACACACGUCCCCUGAAUUCUGCACUCCCGGCCUUGUCCUGCUUCUCAUACCUGCUUGGAGGGUGAGCAGGCUCUCAACAACAUGUCAUUUUGCAAUUAGGACCAGAAAUUGCAGCUCCUACCUGAGUUUGUCUUUUUUGAUGCAGAGCAAAGUGAAUAAUGCAAAAAGACCUCCUUGUUCAGAGCACGCACAGGAGGAAGAGCAAGCCGUGCCCAGGGAACACCAGGUUGCUCUGACGCUCUGGAGACCAGGCUGAUGCACCACCCUGCAGAAGCAGCAAGCUCUUCUGUCUGUUCCUGCUCAAGAUAACUCAGCUCUUUCAGGAGGUAAUGAGGAGUCUCAGCUACCUUGUCCUUCUCCUGGCUCUCCCCGAAGCCUUGCUGCCUGCCUUAACCGGCAGGAACACAAACACAUUUCCUUUCGGCUUAGAUCCAUGAACAUUUGAGGGGAAAAAAAAAGUAAUGUUAAAUUCAGGUGCUUAAUCACAGCUUUAUGGAUAGUUCUUAUCAGCUCACAGUUAAUGGCAUCUUUGCUCUCCAGUGAAAGGUUAAUAGCUAUAUCUGCCCAGCACUCAUCAGAAAUAGAAUCUAUCUAAUCUCCAGAUUAAAUACAAGGAAGCCAGCAGGUGAGCCCAAAGGUGAAUCUGCCAAAGGAUAAAAGCCACUUGUGAGCUGCUUCAGGGAAAAGUCUUGAGUAACUGCUUGAAUGUCAAGGCCUCCGUGGCCACUGAAGGAGUCCCACACAAACAGCCCUGAGGAUUUUCUUCCCUACAAUAACACACAGCAAGAUUAUUGUGUCUUGUUUCCCAGGAGCUCUCUAGCAAUUAACCUCCUCACCCACCAUUCAUUGCAGAGAUUUACUUGUUCUCUACAGCUGAGGUGUCUCACCUGCAAUGAGAUCCCACCUCAUGCUCCAGCUGCCCAGACUGUAACUCCUCCUGUUUCCCCAUCAUUCAGUUAUCUUAACCUUAAUGAACUCGCCCUGCUCUUGACAAAACACCCCAUACCCAGCCCUUCCAGUUGGAGCCGUCUCAAGGAAAUGAAUCCUUCUGUUCUCACCCUUCCUUAUUCCUUUGCUAUGUCAUGUCAGAAAGUGUUGAAAGCUGUGCUAUCAGACGUUAUUAAUAAAUCCGGUUUAUACUCUAAA